AUGCUCUCCCAUACGGAUCCGCCCGAAAUUCCCACCACACUUGCUGUCCUUCGUCUUCCCUACCCACACAUUGUACAUCCAGGCCUCGUUUUGUCCGUGACUCUGCCGCAACAGCAAUGUUUUCGUAUUCUGCGCACGGCCUUGGCGGAUCAUCGUGGUAUGGACCAAGCUUCACAGGACAAGUCAUCGACUCACUUAUCUGCGAAACAGACCAUGAUCCUUGCAUGCUUACCUGUCAUGGAUCCAAGCACGUCUGCGUCUCUCCUACCUGAUUCGCUUGAUGGAUGGUCUUCGUGGGGCUGUGCGGCGCGUGUGCUCCGUGUUGUGCAUGUGCGCACCACGGACGAAUGUCGCCUUGUGGUAUCGGGUGUGGCGCGCAUCUAUGCGAAACAAGUCUGUGCGCCUCAUUCGGAUACAGGUACCGUCGAUGCCGCGUCCAUCGCAUCUGUUCGCCCAUUUCGUGACCCAGCCAGCCUACCUCCCGCCUCUCUGGACACUUCAACGUCACUUAUUCGCAUGAAACGUGCUGCCGAAAAGCUGAUGUCCUACUUACGCGCACCUUCUGUCUCCCCAAGCUUACCUCUCAACUCGGCCCUGGCUGCAGUGCCACUUCUCCCGCCGAUGCUUCUUCGCAACAUCACAUCUUUGAUGGCAGACCCGGGCCCUGAAGUGACAGCUUCCAUGAUGUCAGAUUUGCUGGCUGGACUGUUAGGAGGUACAUGUGACUGGCAUAUGCGCAUAAAGCAUCUUUCGUUGCCUGAUGUGGACAUGCGCCUAGAGCAUACGGUGGCGAUGCUGGAACAAGGCACAGAGCGUGUCCGUAUUCUGCGCGAGGUUUUGUCCAACUCCUCAUCUGCGCUGCAGGACCAAAAUGAUGGCGCACUCAUUCGCGCACAGAUCGAGGCCAUCGUACAACAGGUCGCGGGUAUCACAUCCUCAGGCAUCUCUUUGCGUGUCAUUGACCAUGGCAACGAGUCUCGUGCCCUCGUCCCACAUCGCUCUCAAGAACCCCGUGUAACCCAUCGCGUCGUCAAAAAAGAAGGAGGACCUGAUCACGAGCAUCAUGUGGACUCUCCCAGUGACAAUGCAGCGGGCGACGAAGUCAAGGAACUCACCGCACGACUCGCACAAUCCGUGCUACCGCCUGAACCCAAGCGCGUGUGUGAGCGAGAGCUUCGCCGACUUCAGCGUAUGCCACCACAAAGUAUGGAGCGUGGCGUGCUGAUCAACUACCUAGAUACGAUGCUGGAUCUCCCGUGGGACCGCAUCAGUGACGAUCUGCCACCAGAAGAGCGCCGCGCAUUAGUGCCUUCCACAUUUGCCCCGGAACAAGGCACAUCAUCGUUUAUGGAUCGCGCGACAUGUGUGCUGGAGGCAGAUCAUUAUGGCCUAGACAAGAUUAAAAAGCGCAUGCUCGAGUAUCUUGCCGUUCUACAACUCAAGGCGCAGCAGGCAUCCGACCAGCGCAAGGCCUCCUACAAAGGUCCAAUUCUGCUGCUCGUUGGCCCACCAGGUACAGGCAAGACAUCGAUAGCUCGGUCCUUGGCUGCAGCACUCCAACGUCCGUUUGUGCGCUUGUCGCUGGGCGGAGUACGUGACGAGGCUGAGAUUCGUGGUCACCGUCGCACCUAUGUGGGUGCUCUUCCUGGGGCCAUCGUGUCAUCUUUGCGCAAGGCCCGUGCCUCUGACUGUGUUAUGCUGCUUGAUGAGCUUGAUAAACUAAGCAGUGGCUUGGGCGUGCAUGGUGAUCCUACGGCAGCGAUGCUCGAAGUUCUAGACCCGGAGCAGAAUCACGCGUUCAAAGACCAUUACUUGAAUGUGCCUGUCGAUCUCAGCCGAGUCAUCUUCAUUGCAACGGCCAACUCCCUGGACACAAUACCCGAGCCAUUGCUCGACCGUGUUGAUACAGUUCAUGUGGCCGGCUAUACCUUCGAUGAAAAAGUCGCCAUUGCUGAGCGACAUCUCGUGCCCAAACAACUCGAUGCACAUGGCCUGUCCAACAGCCAGGUCAAGCUGUCACAGGACGUGCUCAUGCAUGUGGCCCAGUCUUAUACUCGCGAAGCUGGUGUGCGCACCAUGGAACGUCGCAUUGGCGACAUUGUUCGGGCGAAGGCUGUCGAAUACGCCCAGUCACCGAAUACGUACGAAUCCACCAUCACUAUCGGCGAUGUUGAACGCAUUCUUGGAGGACCCACGUAUGAGCCUGAAGUCGUGGACGAGGUAGGGGUGCCCGGUGUUGCCACGGGCAUGGCGUAUCAAGGCUCGGGUAUGGGCAGCAUCCUGCAUAUCGAAUGUGCCUCUCUGCCUCCGGACCAUGCUCAGCUCAAGCUAACGGGCUCUCUGGGUGACGUCAUUCGCGAGUCGGCAGAAUUGGCCUUCGCCUGGGUCAAGGCACACGCAUUCGCACUCGGUAUCAGUGCUGGCCGAGACGCUGCAUUUCCACGCAAUGAUGUGCACUUGCACAUGCCUUCCGGUGCGACCCCCAAAGACGGACCCAGUGCAGGCAUUGCUUUUGUUUGUGCCAUCGUGUCCAUGUACCUACGUGUGCCACUUGAUGCGCGCCUUGCCAUGACGGGCGAAAUCACUUUGCGGGGCUAUGUGGCAGCCGUUGGCGGCAUCAAAGAAAAGGUGUUGGGCGCACACCGGGCCGGUAUAACCAAAGUCGUCUUGCCACAACGCAAUGCACGAGACUUUGAAAAUGACGUUCCACGCUCUGUCAAAGACGACAUCGAAGUUGUCUACGUGCACACCAUCCCUGAUGCUCUGCACGCCGUGUUCGGCACAAGUCUCGAGGCUCACAUUAACACAUUGUAUGGCGUCGUCGAAGGCCGUCGCCGUGUCCAGGAGCUCGAAUCACACAGUCGAUUAUAG